CCCUCCCCCGCCAUCUCUGCGUCAAUCUCGGCCUAACAGCUGCCAGUCUCUUUGCUCCGUCGCCGACCCCUUACCCCUGCGCCUGCGCCCCGCCCACCAGCCCCACCAGCCCAGGCGAACAGCGAGCGCGCAACAGCCGAACGCACGGCAUCAGCAAUAACGACACCGCGAUCACUGCUCGAUACCACAUCCUCUUCUUGCUUUCUCUCGACACAUCGGCCUCCCGGCCUCCCCGCCACCAUGACAGACGUCGGAGCGCUCGCAAGCGCCUUUGAGCCCGCAAAGGGCGAGGUCCCGCUCCCGCUCACCGGACCAUCAAUCACCCUCUCGCCAAUACCAUCCCCGCCGACCCUCUUCCUUUUUGGCGGCAAGGUCGUCUCCCUGCGCAGGUUAACGUCCGAGAUGUGGGCGUUGGAUCUCACCACUUUGACGUGGUCCCGUCUCAAUGCUGGACAUGGACCAGGACCACGAUACUUCCACUCGAUGGAGGUUUGGCAAGACAAGCUCGUGUGCUUUGGAGGGAUGAGCGACUCGGACUUGGUUCAUGAGGUUCACUCGGACAUCUGGUUCUUCGACUGUCGCUCAAGGAAAUGGCUACCACAGCCCUCCCCCGAAGGCGGCCUGGGCCUCGGACUCGCUGAAGGCAUGCCAACCUCGGCAUCGCAGUCGUCGCAAGACCCCCUGUUGCUACCCCAGGCCCGGUACGCCCACCUGUCUGCCGUCUCCAGAGGCAACCUCAUCGUUUGGGGCGGCCAGCGCACCGACAACACCUGGAUUUACGAAAUGAACGUCUACGACCUCGCCCGCGGGGUAUGGGUUGCCAAGACACGGCAGCCUGAAACCCACGGCUUGCACUCAAAGGGAGCCUACCGCUCUGUCGCCGUCUCGUCGACCCACCGCGUCAUCAUCCCCGCCGACCCCCACACCGUCACAGGCAUGCAGGCGCUCCCUUACUCGAUGGAGGAGCAGGGCGGCGGAGGCGAAAUCUGGUGCUACUCAAACUACGACUUUGCAAAGGUCCGUCGCGAGCUCGAGGUCAUUGUGCCCCGCGACGGCGACACGGAUACACUCAACCCCCCUUCCGAGAAGAUUAUCCCCCCACCAGACUGGACCAUGGAGGACUUGCAGACCAAGAUGGCCGGACCAACAAUGCCACCAGGCCUUCGUUUUCCCUCGGCCGGUAUCGUCGGUCACCACUUUGUCCUUUGCGGUCUCUACUUGGCCAGCACGUCUGCCCAGUUUUCCAUCUGGACCCUCGACCUCAUCACUAUGAAGUGGACGCACAUUGAGCCAGAGAUUCUCCAGACCGGAAGCUGGAACCGCGCUAUCGUUCUCCCCGAGCGCGGACAGGUCCUCGUCUUUGGCAACCACGGCUCGGACCUGGCAGCCGACUAUGGACGCCGUGCCGUCAACCUUGACCACGUCGCCGUCGUCGAGCUCGAGGCAUACGGUAUCUACCGUCCACCAGCAAUCGCGCUUUCGCCCCGCACCCAGAACACUGGCCUGACAAUGCUUGACGAGAAGCUCGUCUCCGACUUUGAGGUCAUCAGCGAUGACGGACGCAGGAUAGCGUGCUCCAUCAAGAUUCUCACCGAGCGCUGGCCCUGGUUCGCAGACCAGCUCGAGCUGCUCAAGCAGAAGACAGAGGAGGCCGUGAUGGACACGGCCCCCGCUUCCCUGGAUAUCAACGACGCACUACUAGGGUCGCUCAGUCCCGCCCGCCUUGGUCCCGACGGACUUCACCUCCCAGAGCCUCUGCCGGUUUGCGUUGCCCUGAUCCAGUACUUCUACACUCUCUCCCUUGCGACACCACUGCAGACGCGCUCACCUGUCCUCACCGCCCUCCUCUUCCUCGCCAAGCAAUACAAGAUUGAGCGCCUGCGACAGCUUGUUGUCCACGCCCUCCACUCUCGCCUCGACCCAACGAUCGCCCUCGGCGUGUACGAGGUUGCUACUCUCGCGGCAGAGCGCAACCUGCAGAUCAGGGCCCUUCACCUCAUCAACCAGGCCAAGGAGGGAGGUGGCCGGACACGGCUUGGAGGCAAUGCUCGUCGUGGCGGAUCAGGUACUCACCCGGACGGUGCCGACAAUGGACCUAGCGGCAAUGGCCCUCAUGCCCGUCACCAGUCGGUCCACAGCGCAGCCUCGGGCGCGACAGGUAUGCACUCAAACGCCACCGCUGGGCAUGGCGGUCACCGCGACAGCGCGGACGUCAACGGAUCUACCGACGGCAAACGCCAGUCAAACGGCAAUAACGGCCGGCUCUCGGUCGAGACCAAUGGCACUCGUGCUACACAUGCCGUUGGUGGGAGAAAAUCGUUCAUGUCGAUGAGAUCGGUCAAGUCGAUGAAGUCGGCAAAGUCGGCUCAGUCUGAUUCACCCGGAUCGACAUCGUCUUCCGUCGCUCCCAUCACCCCGCCGAUGCCCGUCACUGAUGGGGAGAUGCCAACCGCGGACGAGGUGCCCACCAGCCGCGCUCGGUCCGACUCGUUCACUGUCCCAGAGGACGUGCGCAAGGCCCGCCCUGAGCCACCCCUCGAGCUCACAGAGGACCCCAGAAUGCACCGCCUGCUCGACGCGCUCGACAUCAACAGCUGUCCUCCAGCUCGGCCACCGCGCAUCCUUGGCCCUAGGCCGCUGACUGCGCCGAACAGCGUACAGCUUGGAUCCACGGCGACACUUGGUCCCGCACCUACACCUGGAAGCGGACGUGUUCGUCGUGCCAACCUUCCUCCCAUGCUCCCGCCCCCGCAGCAGCCGCUGCCCGUUCGGCCAAGCACCCAGGACGCGCCCCUUACUCCUGUCACGCCUCUCACCGACGGCACUCUGCGCGCCUCGAGCCCCACCAACUCUGAGGCGACUUCGUCGUACCCUCGUACGCCGUCAGAGUCGCACCGCGACUCGCAAAUCAUCUCGCGCGAGUCGUCGCCCGUCAUGACUUCUCACUUGUCGGCCAGGCCCAUGUCGAUUGUGACAACCCCGAGCAAGACGGCGACGCUGCCCGCGUUGCCCGAGGACGAGCUUGUCACCCCCGAACUCUCCAGCGACAGCGAGGCCUCGCGUCUGUCGACAGAGUCGGCACACUAUGGCGACGUGACCCCAACAACGGCUCCAAUCAUUGUUGAGACGUCCAUGGGCGCGCAGCAGCAUGACGCUCUCGAAACUCUGCGCAGUACCAAUGGCGCCUCGAGCAAGCUCACUCGUGCUGCGUCGCUUAGCUCGCUCAAUAACGGCCGCCCCCGAUCUGUUAUCGGCACCCUCACGCUGCACGCCGAGAAGGCCAGUGCGCGUGGAUCAUCCGACUUUGGGCCUGUUCCUGAGGAGGAGAUCAACAAUGACUGGGCUCAGCGAUCAGCGAUUGCCGGAUCGGCUAUCGAGGUCUCUACAUACGCCGGCCGCAAUACAAGCAAGCGGUCUCUGGCUGCCAGCCGGUCCAACACCCACAUCCCAUACACGCAGCUGCAGCCCGUCAGAAGCGCAGAGGAGGAACAGGAGCGCCUGAUAAAGUUCCAGGCGCUACUUGCCGAGCAGCAGCGCCAAGCUGGCUACUCUACCGCCGAGGCUGAUGCGCGCGCCAGACGCGCCAUGGGCCGCUCAACGCCCCCCAAGACCAAGCUUGGGCGGCUGGGUGCAAAGUUUGCCGACGCGCUGCGAUAGGCGCGCCGCGCCGCAUAUCCCCUUCUAUCUCGACUAGACUUUGGUUAUCUGUCGGAUCUCGAACUAUCUUUGCCAUCAUACAUCGGCACAGCAUACCACACUACCGCUACCCCUACUCUCACUUCACCACUGCGCAUUGUUUUUACGCAACCCGCGACUUUAUGUCGAUGUACGACCCGAUCAGAGCUUUGCUGCCGCCAGCGCGCGGCGGAUAGGAACCUUAAUGUUAUAUUCUGCUCAUGGGCUGUGUAUGUUUAUACUGUUACACGAAUGCAG